GUGCGCUUUAAAGCCAACCAUUGCCCAUUCGUUACCCCAUGUAACCGGAGGCGGGGAGAGGAAAGAUUACGAUCGUCAAUUUCUUUUGUGUAUAAAAUUCUGAUUACAUUUCUUGCACGGUUGGGUUUCGUCCUAGAAGUUGGCAAAGGUAUAUUACAUAGAACGCCUUGCCAUACCGUUUGCUAUUUUAAGAUCUGAGUUGUCGAGGGAUUACAAGGGCUUAUGAGGAAGUUCUGUUGCAAAAAGGAAAACCAGUGGCUAGAGGAGACUGCGGAAAGUAAGGAGCAUCGAACAGGACAAGGCACAAAAGAGAAGCUGGAAUAGCAAGUGGAGAAUCAUGAACUGAGGUACAGAAUGAGACCUUAUAUGCAGCACAGGCGGGGGAGAUCAUGUGGCUUGCAUGGCUACUGCAAGGAUGAAAAGUCUUAAAUGGACAGAGUCCUGCAAUUUUCCCCCGUUUGGGUGAUGGCUUAAUCAUUUGUAUUUGGAGGAUGAAGUAUAUUGAAAGAAUGAAGAAGACCAUACAGAAGAGGCCAAUCCGAACAUUUGCUAAUGACGAUCGUCAUGUCAUGGCAAAACAUUCCACAGUGUAUCCUUCCCAAGAAGAGCUUGAAGCUGUACAGAAUAUGGUUUCUACGGUGGAAUGUGCACUAAAACACGUAUCUGAUUAUUUGGAUGAAACUAAUUUGCAGUCAGUUAAUGUGGACACGGAUGAAGAUGGAGCUGGAGACAGCAAAAAAAGUGACACGUCAGAGAGCAACUCAAGUGAACAGAGUGGCCGUGUCUUGUGUGGAGUGAUGCGAAUUGGAUUGGUUGCAAAGGGUUUGCUGAUAAAAGGAGACUUGGAUUUGGAGUUGGUGUUGAUGUGUAAAGAAAAACCAACUGAGAAGUUAUUAAGUAUAGUCUGUGACAAUCUGCCAGUACAAAUUCAGAAACUUUCAGAGGAAAAAUAUGAAGUUGACAAAUGCACGGAAGAGGCGGCCAUCAUUGUCCAAAACACAAAAGAACCCAAGUUGACGCUGAAAAUCAUUCUCAGUUCACCAGUAGUCAGAGAUGAAAUGGAAAAGAAACAAGAUGGAGUAGAAAAUUUUGCGAUGAAAGAUCCACCGGACUUAUUGGACAGGCAGAAAUGCCUAAACGCCUUGGCGUCUCUGCGACAUGCCAAAUGGUUUCAGGCAAGGGCAAAUGGAUUAAAGUCAUGUGUAAUUGUGAUUCGUAUUCUGCGUGAUUUAUGCAACAGAGUACCCACAUGGGGACCAUUGAAAGGAUGGCCUCUAGAACUUAUUUGUGAAAAAGCCAUAGGUACUAGUAAUAGACCAUUAGGGGCUGGUGAAGCGUUGAGACGUGUAAUGGAGUGCUUGGCUUCGGGGAUUCUUCUACCUGGUGGUCCAGGAUUGCAUGACCCUUGCGAAAAAGAUUUAACCGAUGUAUUGAUCUCGAUGACUUCACAAGAAAUGGAUAAUAUUACUCAUAGUGCCCAGCAUGCACUCAGGCUUAUGGCUUUCGGCCAGAUCUACAAAGUACUGGAGAUGGACCCCCUUCCAUCAACGAGAUCUUCACUUCAGAAAUGGUCCCGAUCAUUGAGUGACCGAGAUGGACCUUUCUCAGCACCUUUGAAGAGACCGUAUGAAGAUAGUUUGGGAGAUGACAAAGAUCCGAACAAAAAGAUGAAAAGGAACCUGCGAAAAAUAAUGGAAAGCAAAGCAAUAGAUGUUAACCAGCCUAUGAAUGCUCUCAUGAGACUGAACCAGAUUAAACCUGGCCUACAGUACAAACUCCUUUCACAGUCUGGUCCAGUGCAUGCACCUGUCUUCACCAUGUCUGUGGAUGUUGAUGGUAAAACUUAUGAAGCCUCAGGACCAUCUAAAAAAACUGCCAAACUUAAUGUGGCAGUUAAGGUGUUACAAUCAGUGGGCUGUCCAACUGGUAUGGAUUUGAAGAUGGGGUUAGAAACUCAGGAAAUGGAAGAAAAGUCCUCAGGUGAUGAUAAAAAUGAAACUGUUUCCACAAACUCAAGCAAUGACACCGCUGGCUGCGUUCCUGCUACCAGCACCAAUACUCUAGAGAUGAGAACGCAGGGCCCUAUCCUAACAGCCAGCGGGAAAAAUCCUGUUAUGGAAUUGAAUGAAAAGAGGAGGGGUUUGAAAUACGAAUUGAUAUCUGAAACUGGCGGCAGUCAUGACAAACGGUUUGUCAUGGAGGUGGAAGUAGAUGGUCAGAAAUUCAAGGGAGCAGGUCCUAAUAAGAAAGUCGCAAAGGCCAGUGCUGCUUUAGCUGCCCUUGAAAAACUAUUUUCUGGUCCAAGUGCUACAAACAUCAAGAAAAAGAGGACUGGUCCUCCGACUAAGGGUCCAAUAGCCGCUCCAGCUGUUGCAGUCCAAUCACUCAGAGGCAGAGGCAGAGGGGCCUUGAACAGAGGAGCGUUUGCCGGUGCAGCAGUAACAGCUGCUCCAGGAUAUCUUACGCCAGGUUAUGGUGCACCAUAUGGAUACAGUGCUGCUGCCCCGGCGUAUGGUGGUUUUUUCAUUGACAAUCCCUAUUACCAGCCUCGAGCCAUCGCACCUUUUAUUAUUCACUUGGGUCCUCAGGAUUUCGUCUCUGACUUCUAGAACCAUCAGGUUGAGAUUUGAACACUUACUUUUUUGUCAUGUCAGUCCAGCUGUGGGCUAGGGGAAAUAAAACAAGACUGUUUCAAGGUCGUAUUCCUGAUUAACCCUUGCAAAAAUAGCAGCCUUUGAUAUAGUAGCUUGCUAUUAAAUUAGAAUUUAAAUGUUCAAACCAAAAUCACGAGCAUUAUUUGUCAACUAUCCCAUACAUUAGCAAUUUGAACUAUACAAUAAAAUUGUUUUUCUUUCAAUACCACCAAUUUUAAUAUGCACCAAUCCUGUGCCAUUCCAUUGAAGAUUACACUUAUGGUCAUUACACAUAUUUUGCUUUGGAUCGGGUAAAAUCUGUUGUAAAUUUGACUUAUUUUGGCUGCUGGUUAUUUACUUAAUAGGUUCAACAAUUUGAUUUUAAAAUGUAUGCCACUAAGGCUUUGAGAAACCACAGGAUUAUCAGUCUUAAGUAUAAUGCAAGAUAAAGUAACUGAAUCGAUCCAUUAUUACAAACCAGUG